AGGCGAGGCGAAUCAGGGGCCUGUACCGUUGCAUGUUUUUGGAGCCAUGCGGUCGGCCUCUUCAGCUCCUGGGCCUUGUGCGUGUGUGAUGUCACAAGCUCCGCCCCCCGCUACGUCACUCCGGGUCUCUGUGCCAUCUUGUUCCACAAUUUUAAGUGCACAGAGACCGGAGGCAGCAGGGAGACCCAACAAGGAAGCAGCCAUCGUCCACACGGAUCCCCACUAAGGUAAGUGGGGCAUCCGGAGUUGGCGGUGACUGCCUGGGGGGAGAAGCAGCAGUUAAAAAAGGGCAGUGUGGCGGUAGGAAGGGAAAAGAGCCCAUGAAAAAGUACAAGGGGUUAAAAUGGCUGCACGCAAUAGGAGGGAAAAAGUUAGAGAAGGGCAUAAAUUAGUUGAAUUAACCCCUACUGGGAAAGGCAUAAAAAUACAGGAGGUUACAUGAAUAUUUUGUCAAGCCUUAAAAAGAGGCUGCUAGCUAGGGGGCCAUGCAGUUUACAGGGUGUGGGUGGACUACAGACAUAGGAACAGGGUGCAGGGGGCCUCAUCGUUGACUCCAGUGAUACCCCCACUUGCCCUCUUGUUUUACAGGUUUCAAUGGCGUUAUCGGCUACUGCAGUAUCUGUCGGCAAAGCUGCUGCGGCAACGCAGAUGCAGGCUGGGACGUCAGCGGCAUCUGUGACUCCAGCUGUGAGACAGAUUCCCCGGCCUACACCGUUGAUAUCCGUUCCUGCGUCUUCUGGAGCUGAGGCGACGGCGGGAGCUGGUGAGGGGCUGCCGUGCAAAAGAGUGUGGAUCUUGGGACAUUCGUAUGUCCAUUGGGCAGCUUUGCGUGCAGCAGCAAGAGCAGGAGGCUUGCAGUUGGGGUUGCUGUCGCGGAGGAUGGGCAUUCGUUGGCUGGAAAAGCGUGGAAUGAUGUGGUCGGAUUUGCCGACUCAAGUGGCAGAGGCCAGAAGGCGGUGGGGGCGUCCCCACGUGAUUGUAUUACACUUAGGCGGCAAUGAUGUUGGGACUAUGCCCAUGGGGGAUUUGGCUAGUAUCAUGCUUGCGGAUAUUAGGUGGUUGGUGGCUCAGUUUCCUGGGGUCAAGAUUGUUUGGUCGCAAAUUAUUUCUAGAAACGUCUGGAGGCACAUGAGUUCCCGUAAGGCAGGUUUUAGGGUGAAGAGAAAGCUUAUUAGGGAUGUAGGUAAGGCAGUGUUAGCUGCAGGGGGUAAGGUUAUCACCCAUGACAACAUCAGGAUUAAUUCCCCCGGUCUCUUCCGCAGGGAUGAGGUACAUCUGUCUGACACGGGUACCGAUUUGUUUUUGCACAAUAUUAGGCGUUCCCUGGCUUCCCUUUGUGUUUAGUGGCGGCAAGAGUUCCGUGUCCUCUUUGGGUGGCGGCAGCAGGGGUGUGACAAAUUUCCAGUUGGGACAGCCUGGCGGUGAAAAGAGGAGGGGGACAGGCGAGCACAUUCAACGUCAGCCGCAAGGGCUUAUGCUCGGUGGCUCCCUGCACGAUCCCUCCUAAAAAAGCCCUCCAGGCUGUCAGAAUGGGGGGUAUCCCCCAUUGCUUUAGGGCGGUCUCACCCCUUUCUUAGGAGUUGUAGGACAGGGAUGUUUCUUGCCGGCCAACGCUAAGUUAUUAUUACUAAGUUAUUUAAGUUUAAGUAUUAAGUUAUUCUUUAAUAAAUGCAACCCUUGUCCCCGGACGGGGAAGGUU